UUAGAGGGGGGGGAUACACAAAGAAGCCCCCUGAUUGUGUUUACGCUCAGUAAUGUCGAGUUUGUGCCAGAGCUGUGAAACUGUUGUGGCAGUGAUCGUUUAAGGGGUUAUCAGCCGGUUCGCAGCAGCAUCAGGAAGUACUUUCAGGAAGUUGUUUGCUACCGUGUUUGAGUGACAGCUGUGCGGUAGUGACAGCCCACACGGGACGGACGGCAGCCCGCAGAGCCGAGCCGAUACUCAAGAUGGCAGGUCUAUCUUUAUACUUUGAAGAUAGUCAUGAUGAUCUGGAUGAUUUUGGAUUUGAUGACUAUGUUUCAGAGUGUGACGGCAUCCGUAUCACAGCCUUCCUCGAUGCAGGACAAGACAAUCUAACUCCUCUUGGAAGGCUGGAGAAGUAUGCCUUCAGUGAGAAUGUCUUUAACAGGCAGAUCGUGGCUCGUGGCCUGCUUGAUGUGCUUCGAGAAUUCAGUGACAAUGAAAAUGACUUUAUGAGUGUCAUGGAAACAGUUGCCAGAAUGUCAGAGGAUGGAGAGCCAACAGUGCGAGCAGAACUGAUGGAGCAGAUUCCCAACAUCGCCAUGUUUUUGCACGAGAGUCGGCCCAACUUCCCAGCAGCUUUCUCGAGAUACUUGGUACCGAUUGUGGUCAGGUAUCUCACUGAUCCAAAUAACCAGGUGCGGAAGACGAGUCAGGCAGCGCUGCUUGUUCUGUUGGAGCAAGGCCUUAUCUCUAAAGCUGACAUGGAGACCAAAGUUUGUCCAGUUCUGCUUGACCUGACAGAACCCAGCAGUGACGACGAUUACAAAAUCGAGGCAGUAGCUAUCAUGUGUAAAGUUGUCACCAUGUUGAGCAAAGACACGGUGGAGCAUCUGCUGCUGCCGCGUUUCUGUGACCUGUGCAGCGAUGCCAGACUCUUCCAAGUGCGCAAGGUGUGUGCAGCAAAUUUUGGCGAGUUUUGCUCUAUUGUCGGUCAAGAGGCCACUGAAAAACUACUGAUGCCCAAGUUCUUCGAUUUAUGCUCGGACAGCCUUUGGGGCAUCAGGAAAGCUUGUGCUGAGUGCUUCAUGAUGGUCUCCAAUUCCACCUCUCCGGAGGUGCGUCGCUCAAAACUGUCCCCCCUCUUCAUCAACCUGAUCAGUGACCAGUCCCGUUGGGUGCGACAGGCUGCCUUUCAGUCGCUGGGACGAUUCAUCUCUACUUUUGCCAACCCCUCCAGUACAGGCCUUCACUUCAGAGAAGAUGGUGCCCUCCCAGAGGUCCCCAGGUGUGCCUCAGACAGCAACUGCUCUUUGAACUCCCUGAACUGUGGCGACAUCAGCAGCUGCCACACAGAAAGGACCAUCACCCACACACCUCCUAACCAGGAUGGCCGCGCCACGCCAUCACCAGAGCAUGUUUCUACAGCCGACUGCGAAGACGUCCACAGCUUUGAUGACAACCAUGCCUCUGUUCCCGAAGAGACACGCGGCACCCUCAAAACCAGCAUCGAUGGCCCCACGGCUACCAACAACGCCAGAAACACAAAAGAAGCCGAGCAGACAGAUGAGAACUUUAAUUCUUUCCACUAUUGGAGAUCUCCUCUACCAGACAUCAGUGGGGAGCUGGAAAUGCUGAAUUGUCCGACAGCCGAGGAAGCGACAGAGGAUCAGGAAACGAAAAUGGCAGAGGAAGAGCAGUGUCAAGAGAAUUGUUCAGAUACCAAGUCCAGCCAUGGCAAAGCUACCAGCGACCAGAUCCAGAAAGUUUUAGACUGUUUGCAGCCGCACAUUGCUGAUCCGGACGUACAAGCUCAAGUCCAAGUGUUGUCCGCCGCUCUGAAGGCAGCACAGCUCGACAGCCCAACAGACGACAGCCCAACUGAGCCACAGCCAGAGGGGCUGCCCGAAAGCAGCUGUGACAGCCCACCAGAGGAAAGUGAUUGCGAGGACGUUCAGCCCGAAAGUGAGGAGACGUGCACAGAGGAGGAGCAAACAGUGGAAUCUCCUCAGGACACAGAGACAUGCCCCGUUCAGGAGCAAGGAGAUGAGGAGACGCAGACAGAACCGGUGGAGGAGCAGGAAGAGUCUCCACCCGACUCCCCUGUUCUGGAGUCUGAACUCAUCGAGAGUGUGGAGGAGGAGGGAAAAGAGGACUCUCCUCACAGCCCUGUCUCUGAGGAUAAGCCCAAGAUCCAGAAUGUCAUUCCCCAGCAGCUGCUGGAUCAGUACCUCUCCAUGACGGACCCAGCCCGGGCCCAGACGGUGGACACAGAGAUAGCCAAACACUGUGCCUUCAGCCUGCCAGGUGUGGCGCUCACUCUGGGCCGACAGAACUGGCACUGCCUCAAGGACACGUAUGAAACCCUCGCUACUGAUGUGCAGUGGAAGGUGCGGCGCACGCUGGCGUUCUCCAUUCACGAGCUGGCCGUUAUUCUGGGGGACCAGCUCACCGCAGCUGAUCUGGUUCCGAUCUUCAACGGCUUCCUCAAAGACUUGGACGAGGUGCGCAUCGGCGUGCUCAAGCACCUGUACGACUUCCUGAAGCUGCUGCACGCAGACAAGAGGAGAGAGUAUCUGUACCAGCUGCAGGAGUUCAUGGUGACCGACAACAGCCGCAACUGGAGGUUCAGAUACGAGCUGGCAGAGCAGCUGAUCUUAAUCAUCGAGUUGUACAGCCACUACGACGUGUAUGACUACCUCAGACAAAUAGCGCUCACCCUCUGCUCUGACAAAGUGUCAGAGGUCAGGUGGAUCUCCUACAAACUGGUGGUGGAGAUCCUCCAGAAACUGUACGCAAGCGGGGCGGAUGAUCUGGGCCUGAACUUCAUCAACGAGCUCACCGUCAGGUUCUGCCAUUGUCCCAAAUGGGUGGGGAGGCAAGCCUUUGCUUUCAUCUGUCAGGCCGUCGUGGAGGAGGACUGUAUGCCCAUGGAGCAGUUCAGCCAGCAUCUCCUGCCCAGCCUGCUGAGCCUCUCCUCUGACCCGGUGGCUAACGUCCGAGUGCUGGUGGCCAAAGCUCUGCGGCAGAGCGUGAUGGAGAAAGCGUACUUCAAGGAGCCGGGCUGCGCCUUCUCCGACGAGCUGGAGGAGACGGUGAUGACCCUGCAGUCCGACAAGGACCGGGACGUCCGCUUCUUUGCCAGCCUGGACCCCAACAAAAGCUUGAUGGACACGGCUCCUCUGAUCUAGCCACAGCCCCCUCCUCCCCCACCCCCCCGUCCCCUUCAACAGCCCAUCUGCCUGUCUUACCUACCUGUCUGCCUGCCUGAUGCACAGUCGGCAUAACCUGCGACACCAGCACCCCACCGGAUCCCCGACCACUGCCCCCCCCGCCCCCCGGGCUGACUCCACCACUCAGAGAAUCACAUCGGAUGUUUGGAUGAGGCCGCGGUGCGAGCAUGCUCAAACAACACAAGCCCAUCUCUGGCCGGGCACUACGGAGCGCACGUGAUAUUAAGAAGGACGCAUUCGAAUUCUCCAGAGUUUCACAGCAAAUGAGCUGGACUCGGGUGGCAGCCGUGCUGGCUGCCAUGGCAACGGCUGAAGCGAUCCCGACCCGCCUCCACACUAACACUGACCCCUCCUUGGACGAGAGUUAACGCUGUGACAGGCCCGCGCUCCCCAAAACUAAUUCUAAGCUCGAUCUCGAAUUCAACCCACCCUUUUCGUCAGCUCUUCUUUUUCUUUUUUUUUGUGGAUUUCUUAAAGAGCAAGCGGGCGAAGCCUGCCUGGCUCCGAUGUUGUGCACUAACUCAGGGGGACUCGUGAACCUACACAGCAUUAUUAAGCUCACAUUGUAAGCAGCGGCUGUUGGAUCCCUGCUGAAAACCUCCAGCUGUCUGAGCAACAGAUCAGUACCACCGCCUCGCCCCCCCCCAAACCCC